AUGGGGUCAUUCUAUUUUUUAUUUUUUGUCUCCCUCCUACUGGGGCACUGGGGGGCGACACCAUCAUGGGGUGUCAGUUCUGAGGCCCUCUCUAGCAAAGGUCAACAAGGAUCGCAGUUGAAGACAUGUGGCACGUCCGGAGGAUCAUGCCCUGGAAAUGAAAAUUUAACACGCAACUCCACUAGCUACAGCUCAGUAUCUCGUCAUAUUCCCCCUCGAAAGUCUAAAGUCUCCUCGAAUGAGAAUACACAUAAGCUCUCAAAAAGAGCUAGCUGGGAUUCUGAUGACCAGAUGGAUGUUGAUGACGAUGAUAGUGACGAUGAGAUGUAUGACUACGAACCCGAAAAAUUUCUUGACGAGAGUGACUCUUGGUAUUGGGAAGCGGUUCAGGACGGAGAAAUAAAUUCUAAACUGGAACAAGAUAUCCGGGACCCAGCGACUCGACCUAAGCAAGACUUCGCGAUUAGAACGAAAGAAAUGGCUUUUAAAGUGAACAACGAGAACUCGCAACCGUUCGAAGAAGUCGGAUUAAAACCAUUUUGGAAAAAGAUCGGUCGUUUCGGCUUUCUAACCCCUGAGACCUAUAUGGCCAUUCAUGGGGAAUAUACCCCUACCGGGAAAAUCUUCGUUACAACUAUGAUCUCAAUCGCGGAUGGCCAUAUGGUCAUUACAAAGGAUCGGAGGGAGUUAAGCGGGCCAACUAUGCUAAGCUUCUCAGAGCUUUUAGCGGGAGUUUGGGCUCGGGCUCAAGAAGAAACCGAGGAUCUCUAUGGGCCUACGGCUAGACUAGAAUUUGUAUCAAUAGAAAGGAUCGAUAAUCCAACAACUAUCAGGCAAAUGGUAAGAGCGAGGGAGGAUUUGUUCCGAUCAGGUGGAAAAGGCAGCAUCACCCAGGAGUUCAAAGUCGAAAAGAGCUCAAUCCCCUUUGCGGACGAGGAUAGCAGGAAUGCUUGGUUGGCUCUUCGCGGUACCCUUGAUGUCAAUACGGUCGUUAGAAUGAUCUAUACCUACCCAAAUCGUUUCCAUGCGGCUGUGCUUUCAUCAAUUCAUGUCCAAUUCGACAAGCUUAAUGACCCCACUUCCGCCAAAGUGUUUCUUGAGUUUGAAUGGCCUACUGAUACUACGAUAUCUCAUACUUUCGAUUGGAGUGGACCAGCGAAAGGAAUACUGGAAGAAGAAGAGGAGGAGGAGCGAGAGCAAGGGGAAGAUCAAGAGAAUCAAGAAAACAAUACGGAAGAAGACCCACCAAAGCUGGAGCCCUUACCCCCCGAUGAGAACGUAUUAAUUAUAGAAUCUGCGGAGUCUUCGGUAGCAAACGGCCCAAUUUUACACCCACUUUUACCUGAUAUCGACCGGACAACAUACAAAUCGCCUCACAGACCAACUUUUAAAGUCAUUCACAGUAAAUAUAUCGCCACCGAUCACGAAACGAAUAUCUAUAUCGUUGCAUGCUCCCAGCAAGAGGGCGAGUUAGCUUUUCUCGGUUUCGCAAAUAAAGAUUACGACACAUCGGCCAACAUGGCGCAGACGAAUAAAGUCCUUGCAGAUGUUCUUUACGCAGUAUGGACCCAUGAAACUAGGCCAGAUGCACAAAUAAACGGCAUGGCGUUUAGCAAUUUAUCUCCCCAGAGCCAAGACUCUCUGAAUAGGGUCUUUCAGCAAGCCAAAAUAAAAACUAUUGAUGAUGUUCAAACCGUCCGUUCAUCUCAUCGCGAAUUCUCCAAAAUAGUAGCAACUUUUCUCCAAACAAGAGAAGGGAGAGCUCUGAGAAUAUUCUUACAAAAAUAUGGGGAUGGUCUUGGGAAUCUUCAGCUUGACACAAUACAGUACGGUAAAUAUACCACACAAGAAGGUUUUUUCAUCUACACGACAUUUAUAUCAUCUUCUAUGAGCCGGUCUGCUCGAAUUUCAAGCACAAGGCGGACCCCUUAUUUAUAUAUAAGGAGAAUGCUCCACUCCGGGUGUGAUUCUUAUGUUGAGAGUCUAUAUCACACCGCUGAACACAUGCAGUAUAUAUCAGAAGUCCUCCAAGGUGUGAGAGAGGUUGAGCCAGUGGUCUAUCCCAGCACCAAAAGCUUGCUGGAGCAGUUUUCAUUCGAGGCAAAUAAAUAUAGAAGGUCGGGCAGAAAGGAGCCACUGAAGCUUAUCAGCCCAGCCAAAGACCACUUGCUCGCGUUCCACGAAAUCGAUCCGGAUAUAUUUCCAAAAUCCUUUUGGUAUGAGAAAGGAGUCACCGUGCGCAUGGCCGACCACGAAGUAAAUCGGGACCCGUCUAUUUUUAACAAAAUAGCCUAUCUUGGUAUCAACAUUGGUCCAAAGGGACAAAUAGAUAAAAACAACGGCUACGAACUAGCAGCUUAUUGGCAUCAUAUGCACCUCGUUGUUCUUAAGAUUCCUAGCGAAGGAAUUCAGCAAAACAGCCCUCCACUUGAGGAUAUUUUAUUCGCCGCAUGGGUGGGAGUAUACGGGAAGCAUGAUGCCAAUCGAUUACCUCCCCCCCGAGCACGAUACUCGUAUCGAAGGAUUAAGAAUGGAGCUCCAGUUAGUAUUGUCUCAUUCCUCGAUUUAACCAAGGAAACUCGGGUCCUUGUACAGUUUAUUUUUCGGGCAACAAAAACCCCCAAGAGCUCUCCGAUCUGCCUCCUAGAUACUACCUCUCGAAUCUUUUCUACGGCAGAUAACCGCAUGAGGAGUGGGAAGACGCUGCUGAGAAAAAUUGAAGACAAGAAGAAGGCUAAUAUCUCAAGAUUAUAUUGGUUAUCCCUACUCGCGACCCCAGAAGUCAAAGCAGUUCUCAGAAUGUUCAGCAAGUAUAAAUACCAAUUGAGUGACGCUAAUGUUGUUGAUCGGAUCUGCUUGAGGUGGAGGGUGGAGUCUGACGAUGAUUAUCCGGAGAUUAUUGUUACUACCACGAACUUCAAGUUAAGUUCCGGAGGCAAAAAGACGAGGACCUUCCGCGAGUUAAGUUACUCAGAGGACCCAGUGGCAAGGAAAGUAAGGUUUAGGGGUGUGAAGUAUCUGCUACUAACGAGCCACCUGGCUUAUAUCGGCCUUGAGCCGCAGGAUGAACCAGCAAUCACAGACGCCGAGUACUCGAUUCAGUUUGGUUCUCAUCAUGUUACCGAGGUCCCUCAUCUCGUUGUGAGAAGUCUGCUCCAACUCAAAAUCGAGUUUCCUCAAAGCCGGAGGAUUGCUUUGCAGCCUGCAAGCGAAGCAGCCUAUCUCGAAGUCACGGCUUCUAGUCGAACCGAAAGCGUCACUUCUAAACUUAUUUUAUCAGCAAAAAACCACCACAUUAUAGUCCCAAAAGCCCUCCCUGAAGCAGAGUUGAACGGGUCGGCCUCCUUUAAGCGAAUGGGGCAGAUCUUCGCAAAGGUUUGGUGGAUUUCCCGUCCACAUCUGUCUCAGAAAUAUUCAUCAAUUGCCGCAAGAGCCUGGGCUCGAAACAGAGUGACAUUGCGCUUAAUAACCUUUCUAAAAUUAACUCCGGAAUCGGAGGAUCAGGUUUUCGAUACCAUUUGGGCCUCAGGACGACGUACGGAAACUCCGCCCGGGCAUAUAUCCGGUUUUAUAAAAGAUAAAAUCAGAGUGAAUUACAACGGCGACCUAGUGAGCUUGCAUGAGAGGGCACGGCCUGAAGCAUUCUAUCGACUGCAUGGUUUGAAAGAAGUCACCGCUAUUUCAAAUAUGCUAGAAAAUCACCCAGCGAUGGUCAUUAAUUCCCGUAUAGUCGCUUUUAGCGUCAAUGGAACACGCGGUAAUCUCCAAUUCACUGUUUAUCUAGGGUCCCAUAAUAUACUCGAGGCCUACCCGGUGGAUUUUGAAUCUGGUGGAAAUGAUGGAACUGAUGAGUCUGAUGGAAUUGAUGGAACUGAUGGAGCUGAUGAGUCUGGUUAA